AUGGACUUCAAAAGAGCCACAACUCGCCUCCGCCACACCUUCGCCUACCCCUCCGACACAACAACCACAUCGCCUUCAUCCUCGCACCACUUCUCCGACUCGGACUCCGACGGCGCCGGCCCCGCCCUCGACGAGCAAGAGCAAGAAGAGCUCAUCCGGUCCCUCGCGGAACAAAACGCCGCGCGCAACGCGCAGUUCCGCAUCUUCCUGCUCACCCUCCCAGCUAUAUCCACACUGCCCUAUCUCAUCGUGUUAUACAGCUCUCUAUCCCAUCUCGUAUCCCGGACAGGUAACGAAGGAGGGAAACGCACGUCGGUGGCAGAUAUAUGGAUCUCGCUCCUCGCGCUCUCGAGCCUCGCUUCCACGGCCUGGACCCUCUGGUCCCUGCCCCCCGGCGUCACAGGGAUCCGCGUGCUCGACGCAUGGGUCGGGUCUUCUUCUUCCACCACCACUCAUACCGACUCCACGACUACAUAUCCAUCCUCUUCUUCUUCGGGGUCCCAACAACACGGUCUUCUAGGCGGCGCCAACGCGCAGCGCCGCAGACGCGCUAGUGCCGCGAGUUCGCAGCUCUUCUUCUGGGCGCAGCUCCAUCGCUCGCCGCUGCAGCAGUACCUGCCCUUCCUCAACAUCGCGCUCUGCAGCCUUCUGGUCCUCGCCGGCCUGUUGUCGUCGCGCCGUUCCACGGCUGCUGUUACCCGCCACUGGGGUCAUGUCGGGCUUGCUAACUUGCCCGCUCUCAUAUAUGUCGUCGUUCUGAUCGCUAAGAUGCUCAUGGGAAGCAUCGAUCCAGAGAAGGAGCUGAGUGCCCUGCGGUACGAGUACAAAGGGGCCUAA